AUGUCAUCACCAGAGACCAUGAAGGCUAUCAUCUGCGAGGCUCCAGGGUCCCCUUCGACCCUCGUCGAGCACCAGGUCACAAUACCUUCACCUGCCAUUGGCCAAGCACUCAUCAAGAUUUUGGGGUUUGGUCUCAACCGUGGAGGUCAAGGACAUAUGACCCUGCCCCAAACUCUAGGAAUAGAGUGCUAUGGUACGAUUGCGGGCUACAACGAAGCUGAGGUCACUCAGCGACUACCCAUAGGGUCGCGAGUAUUUACCUGUAUGGGAGGCUUGGGGCGAGAAAUCCCCGGCUCCUAUGCGGAAUAUACCUGCGCUUCCAUCGAAAAUUUGCGAGAGAUACCAACCACAAGCCUUACGGUUGCCCAGUUGUCAGCCCUCCCAGAAAUGCUGCAGGCAACCUGGGGAGCUCUCACAGCUGGUCUAGAUGUCCAGCCUGGUGAUAGAGUUUUGAUCCGAGGCGCUACGAGCUCCAUAGGUCUUUGUGCAAUACAACUGGCUCGAAGGCUUGGGGCGACGUACGUCGCUGCAACCACGCGAAACGCUGGUCGCAAAGAAUUGCUCUCAGAGGUCGGAGCGGACAAGGUCAUCAUCGACGAUGGAAAGAUUUCCCAGUCACUCCAGCAUGAUGAGAAGUUUGAUAGGGUUAUGGAGCUGGUUGGAACGCCGACAAUAAACGACAGUAUUCUUUGUGCAAGAGACAAAGGGACGGUUUGCGUCGUUGGCAAUCAAAGUGGUGGUUCGUGGAUGCUUGAAAACUUCUCUCCAUUCUUCAUUGGGUUACCAAAUCGCGUGCGGCUUUGUGCGUAUGGCGGAGGUCCUCAAGACCUUCAUAAAGUACCCUUUGAGGAGCUAAUCAAGGAUGUCGAGCAAGGAAAAAUUCGACUGAAUAUAAAGGUUUUCGGGCUGGAUGGAAUCCAGCAGGCGCAUGGUAUUAUGGAAGCAGGGGGAGGUGGCAGCAAGAUGGUUGUGGUCCUGUGA